UUCAACGCAACUAGGCAGGAGAAACCGCAGAGAUCAAAAAGUCCUGCGCUGCGCGCCCGUGUCUUCGUAGUGAAUCGUUGAGAGCGAUCACGUAACGUACCUGUUUACCCUCCACCAGUAUUUCUAAUACUGCUCCCGGAAGCUGCACUGGCGAUAUGGUGUAACAGCAAUAAUAGCAAAAAGUUGUUGUUAACGUCGAAAGGAAGUUGCUAUCGAGAAGUGAAAGACAACGUGAGAUAUCCUCUUUGUUAGCACCAUCUCCCACUAUGAGUAGGCCUGUCUAAACUGUUCCAACUUUUUCUGUUCAAGCUCGGGUUGUACAUAGACUUUCGGCAGUUGAGACUUGUGCUAUUUGUUGCUGCACGUGUUCCGAGAAAUCCUGUCCAAUUUAGUGCUUCAAACGCCGUCGAAGCCGUUAGUUCCCUACAAUAGAAGGAUUUUGCCGGACAACCGCACUGAGCAUUGCAUGCUUCUGUUGGGCUGCUAAAGGCCGCAGGUGUUGGAGUUAGUGUUUUCGGUGCUGCUUCGGCAGACGCUGAUCGAGAGAUGCGUCUGUGUUCUUACAGCUGCUCACUGAUCGUGGCUGAUAUGUUGCUUUAGCAGCUGACGUUGUUCGCUGUUCAUCGUCGACAUGUAGACUCGGCUAAUCCGACAAGCGUUCGCACGAUCUAGCCAUUAUAGAGGCUUACUAAUACCAUACAUCAGUGGCUGAGGCCAUACUGGACACCAACUAUCGUCUAUGGAGUGUAUCAUGCUGUACUCUAUAUAGCGGUACUGCAACUGAUGUGUGAAUACGCAAAAGCACGGGCGCGAUUAGAAACCGUCGAGCUAGACGCGCGCAGAUAAACGCUGUCAACAGCGGGUGCUCACGGUGGCCAUAAUGUCGAUGGUGCCGUAAUUUUCUCUCUGUUGGUGUUGGUAUGAAUAUUAGCAGAUCACUGCGGUAGAAAAAGUGCUUUUUAAUGAGUUCUCUUCGUGACGACUUCACCUACGAUGUGGUGCUUCGACAGUUGUUGAGACUUUCUCUGUUGAUACCGAUGAGGUUGACGCAGCCGAGUUGAGGUCUGGUGCCCACUGCCACUCAAUGAGAUCGUGUUUGAUCUCGGAAUAAUUCUAUUGUGGUCUUCUGACUGAGCGCUUCAAAGUUCAAGUACCAAUUGUGACAAGCCUAUCGUAACCGUGGGAGCGGCUAGAGCCUGACAGGGCUCCGCUUUGCAUUUCCAUCAAGUACAGAUAAUUUGGAGAACACAAAACUGCCCAGAGAAUCUUUGUUUAUAGUAAAAAUAUGAGGCGAGUACAUCUGGAAGCCAUUUCGAUGUUUCUGUCUUGGCUACUUCUUGGCACGACGAGUGUUCACGUGUCAGCGCAGGACUUCGGCAUGGGAGGUGAAAUCGCUGAUACCGUAGCCCACGAAAUUGAAGUGCCCUGGGUGAACUACGAUAUUCAUACAAGUGCCAGCAUCUCGGACUCAGUAGAAGACACACAACCUACAACCGCUAAAGAUUCGAUCGUCACUAUGCCGACGGCGAACUCGAAUACCAAACCGCCUUUGCUAGCUGAGGGUCGAGGUUUAAUAUCAACCUUCCAGCCGGUUACGAGUCUACUGACAACGUCCGCACCCAUUCCCACGCAACGAAACGCAGCUAACUCGACGGAUGCCAAGUUUUCAGGGGGACUAAUGCUCUUGCCAUCAUGGAGUACCUGUGCCCUCAUAACAACCAGCAUCCUAACAGUAAUAAUUAGAACGAUGCUUUGAACGAAUAGCGAUCUUAAGAGAUUGUUAUUGCCCACGUGCGGGAAGUCAUGAAGACGCGUUGGUAAUACAACAAACUCAGCCGUCGAUCUUUUGCUAUAUAUUCUAUUUUGUGAUAUAAUAAACAAGCGUGUCAAUUAUAUAUUUUAUUUGUAAAAUCAA